AUGCUCAAUCUGAGGAGCAUUGAAACCCUAGAAAAUGUCAAUACCAAAGAGAAUGACAAUGGACCAAACCAGAAGAUUUCGGAAUAUGAAUGGUCUAGAGAACAGAGGAUCAAAGAGAAUUUUCAAAGAAUGCAAAAGCUUGGGAUUCUCGAUCUCUCUCUAAAAGUGAAGUCCCUUAAGCCCACUCCCAAAAUUACCAAACAUCGCAAAAUCCCUCAGAUUCGGAGUCCCUCUCCUUUGCCUCCUUCCGGCCCCGUCCGCCGAUCCUCCAGGCUGCAGAAUGCAACCCCAGUUACUUACUCUGAAGUGCAUUUGGCAAAGAAAGACAAAUCUCUGGAACUCGAGGAUGAUUUUCUUAGAGAACAGGGAUCAAAGCCUGAGAUUUAUACGGAGGAACAUGAGAAGUUGCUGGGAAACACUGAACGGAGUUGGACUUGUUUUGUGGAUGGAUAUGGAAAAGAUGGGAAGCGAAUUUAUGAUCCGGUCAGAGGGAAGACUUGUCAUCAAUGCAGGCAGAAAACUCUUGGCUAUCGUACACACUGCAGCCAAUGCAACAUGGUUCAAGGACAGUUUUGUGGAGAUUGUUUAUAUAUGAGAUAUGGGGAGAAUGUGCUUGAAACACUGGAAAAUCCAAACUGGAUUUGCCCCGUUUGCCGCGGCAUUUGCAACUGUAGUUUGUGCCGGCAAGCAAAGGGGUGGCCUCCUACUGGGACACUUUACAGAAAGAUUUCAAGCCUUGGUUUCAAGUCGGUGGCACAUUAUCUUAUUCAAACUCAACGCUCAAACACACGGUCAGAUGAGAAUGUGCGCACUAAAGUUCCAGUUUCUGCCAAGAGAUCACUCCCCUUUUCUGAUACCCAAGCAACACUGGCUGAGGAUGAUCUUUCUAAGUUUGAUGGUCAAUGUCAAGGGAUCGAUCCUCAGUUUGAAGAAAAUAGAACAGACAUUAUCCCAAAUGAUGAAAAAGUUGAGGUAAUAUACUUGAAUACCGAACAGGGUGAGACUAAAGGGGCUGCACCAGAUGACAGGGAACAUGAUGAUGACAGUAGGAAACCGAAAAAUCCGGAAUUAUUGACCGGUUCUCCUCUUUACCAGUCCAACAAUAUGAAUAUAGGUGUAUCUAUACUAGAGCAUGAAAAUCACAAGAAAGAGGAAAUCUACAUUGUGGACAACGAGAAUUUUCUUGCCCCAGAACAUGAUCAGAGUAAUAUGAAAGUGAAAGACCCCGACUCAGUGAGCGAUUCUCCCUUUCCCUGCUCCAGCAGUAGUGUGUCAAUAUCUGAAAUUGAAAAACUCAAGAAAGAGGAUAUCACGUGCAUGGUGGACAAGAAUAGUUUUCUUGCUGUUGAAACGAGUCCAAAAUCCAGAAAGAAGCGUGCUUGCACCACUGAACUAACAUCUGAUAGUGUUGCUGGAAGGUUGAGGCAGAGGCGUAUGAUGAAAAAUGCAAGUCUGGAUUUGACCAGAUGGUGCGGCGGUGGUUUUGCCGUUGCGAUGCAGUGUGGUUGCGGUGUACGGUGGUGCGGUGCGGUGCGGUGGUUAGGUGCAGUGGUGAUGUACUGUGGUGCGGUGUUGGGUGCGAUGGUGGUGUGCGGUGCGGUGGUUAGGUUCGAUGGUGCUGAGCUCGAUGAUUGGGUGCAGUUGUGUGGUUGCGGUGUGGCGGCGGUUGUGCCGUGGUGGUCCUUUUUUGUUGUUGUUGGAGAUCGUGUGGUGCAGGUGGCAGUUCUUGGUGGUUUGGUAGUGUUGUGCAGGUGGCAGUUGUUGAUGGUCGGCGGUGGUUGCGGCGGCGACGGUGUUUGUGGCGAUGGUGGUUGCUGGGGUGUUUGCGGCGACGGCGGUGUUGUGUUGGUAAUCGCCUGCCUCUAA